AUGGCUUUGAAUAGUGUGGAAACUGGGGAGGUUAAGAGUAGUGAAAAUAUGGUUGUGAAGCGCGAAAAUGGCCUUGAAAACGGUGUUAAAAGAAGUCCCGAAGUGGACUUAGAUGAUGGAAUUGGAACGACCGAAAAUGGGGUCAAAAAAAGCCAAAAUAGAGCUGUGAUAGUGCCGAAAUGUCGUCCCAAAAUACGAUAUUCGUUAUUGAAAACGGGACUUUGUUAUGAUGUGCGAAUGCGGUACCACGCCAAGAUAUUGACGUCGUAUUUCGAAUACAUAGACCCGCAUCCGGAAGAUCCCAGACGAAUUUAUCGUAUUUACAAGAUUUUGGCAGAAAAUGGGCUUGUUUCGGACCCAACUUUGAGCGGUGUUGAUGAUAUUGGUGAUUUGAUGCAGAAAAUUCCAGUGCGAGAAGCUACGAAAGAAGAGAUUUUGAAAGUUCAUUCGCAGGAACAUUUGGAGUUUAUCGAGAAAACCGGCAAUAUGACACGAGAACAACUUUUGAAAGAAACGGAACGGGGAGAUUCUGUGUAUUUCAACAAUGACUCGUAUUUGAGUGCCAAACUCUCGUGUGGCGGUGCCAUUGAGGCAUGUAAAGCUGUCGUUGAAGGUCGUGUCAAAAAUGCGCUUGCAAUGGUACGGCCUCCAGGCCAUCACGCGGAGCCUGCGGUUCCAGGUGGGUUUUGCCUCUUCAGUAACGUCGCAGUAGCGGCCCAGAACAUUUUGAAAAACUAUCCAGAAAGCGUUCGAAAGAUUUUGAUCUUGGACUGGGAUGUGCAUCAUGGGAAUGGUACUCAAAAGGCCUUCUACGACGAUGAGCGCGUCAUGUACAUAUCUUUGCAUCGAUACGAGCUUGGGAAAUAUUACCCUGGCACCAUUCAUGGUAAUUACGACCAAAUAGGAGAAGGCAAGGGAAAAGGAUUCAAUUGUAACAUUCCAUGGCCCUGCGGUGGCGUGGGUGAUGCAGAGUACAUGUGGGCCGUCGAGCAAGUGGUCAUUCCAUUGGGUCGAGAAUUUCAACCUGAUUUAGUGAUUAUUUCUUCUGGAUUUGAUGCUGCGGACGGUGACAUGAUCGGCCAGUGUCAUGUCACACCGAGCUGCUACGGACAUAUGACUCAUUUGCUGAAAUCGCUUGCCAGGGGUAAUUUGUGCGUGGUGCUCGAAGGUGGGUACAGUUUGGACGCCAUCGCACUAAGCGCGUUGGGAGUGGCUAAAGUUUUAGUCGGUGAACCACCAGAUGAACUGCCAGAACCCAAGAAGCAGCCAAAAGCGGAAGUUAUCGAGGUCAUAGAUACGGUAAUGAGAACCCAAUCUCGAUUUUGGGAUUGCUUCAAAACGACACAGUCGAACAACGGUUGCGAUUUUAAUGCCAAAGUUGACAAUACUUUGAUGUCCGAGAAUUUUCCAUUGCAACAUGCCAUUAGACAACAGCAGCUGCAAAAUUACACAGAUGAUUACAAUUUCGUUACAUUACCUCUUUUCGAUAUGGGUCUCCCCACGAACACCGUUACGUGUUCGCCAGCCAUCCAUGAAGCAGAAUCAAUUAUUAUAUGUGUUCACGAUACCCCCGAAAUAUGGGCCAAGAGAAACAGAGUGACAGGCCUUGUCGACCCGUCUCUUUCCAUUGUAGUCGAUACCGCAGUGCACGUUAUCAAGUGGUCCGUAGAACGAAAUUAUGGCGUUAUAGACGUCAACAUUCCACAAUCUUUAGCAGAACAAGAUAAUUAUUCUGCAGUUAUGACUUCCCAAGAAGUGAUACUUUUCAUGUGGGACAACUACCUUAAAUACUUCCCUAACCUCAGCAGGCUGGCGUUCAUUGGAAUUGGGGAUGCAAGCAGCGGGAUUGUUCAUCUCUUAGGACAUCGUGAUACAAGAAAUGUCGUCAGUUCAGCAAUUCUAUUCUUGGAUACAAAACCGCUCAGACCGCUAGUCCCGCUCGUUGACGAGUCUUUGGCUGAUUGGUAUUUCAAAAAUUCUCUUGUCUUUGCAAGUUCUGAGCAUGCUUGCUGGGGCUCCGAUGGAAGCGAAGCCAAGAAGCCAAGGAAGAAGUUUGGUCGUGUUCUGAAGUGCGAUUCGGACGGACUGUCUAACAUUUUCAAAGAACGCUUUGAAGAAGCGACAGACUUUAUUCUAGAUUCGUUCGAGGAGUGGAGCGACACUGAUUGA